AUGUUGAUUCGUGGCUUGUUACCGAAAGGAUUUUGCGGCGGGGCUCCAUUCAUUGUGACGAAAAUUCACGCGUGCACUGUCAGAGCAUUGCGCGCAUCAUCUAGUACUCAGGUCUUGACAGAUCAUGCGACAGACAUAAAGACGGAUAUGUGGAAUCCACAAACUGUAAGAUGCGGCUGGACCGACGCUUUGACCGAAGCGAAGGAAGAUGGACGGAGUUACGGAGUACGGGGAACUCGCUUCCACAAGGAGAGCCUCCGUAUGGAGGAGAAGAUCGAAAGAACUCUCCUUUCAGUUGAAUUGACGCAACAUUAUGGAGCACGCCGUUCGGAGUACGGCCUGCACGAUACGAGGGUGGUUGGAAAAAUGACGAAGAGUUCUUUGAGCGAUGAGAACGGAUGGAUGGCUCUGUCGAGGAUAGGCACGUUAGAACCGACGGUCCCAGACAUUAAAAGAAAGGCGUUUCCAUGGACCAGGGACGAGGAGUGA